UAAUUCAAACAAAGGAACUGAGUUAGCUUAGUGUGAACCAGAACGCUUGCCGCCUUAUAAAAUUCAGACAGAAACAGGUUUCCCGCCUAAACAUAUACACGAUGGAAAAUCAGAAAUACAGAGGUCCAAUAUUGAAUCGAAGUGUGUGUAAAAGGAAAUAUGUUCUUCUCCGCAAAAAACCCUAAAAAUGUGUACCACAUCGGAGGUCUGCAAGUCGAAUUUCCUUACCAACCGUACGGGUCACAGUUUGCAUUUAUGGGUCGAGUAAUCUCCACUCUUAACCAAGCUCAGAGAGAAGGACAUUGUCACGCGUUGCUCGAGUCUCCAACUGGUACUGGCAAAUCCCUUUCGCUUCUUUGUUCCUCUCUCGCUUGGCAGCACCAUUUUAAACCCCCUCCGGAGCCAAUAACCGAUCCUCUCGCGGCCUCCGAUGGAGGAUUUCUUCCAGACGAGGUUUCAGCAUCAGAAAAUCCAGAUGCCACCAUCAAGAAGCAGAAGAAAAAUGCAGCUCCAACUAUUUACUAUGCAACGAGAACGCACUCACAAAUUUCUCAAGUGGUUCGUGAAUUGCAGAAAACGUCAUACAGGGUGCCGAUGGCUGUUUUGGCAUCACGGAAACAUUACUGCACCAAUAAAAAUAUACGCAGCAAAGAGAACAUUGACGAAGAAUGUAAACUACUACUGAAAGAUCAGGCAAUAGGAUGUCCAGAGUUCAAAAAUGCACAUAAAGUCAAAGUUCACCGAUCCCUUCAAAAAGGAGGAUGCAAUGAGGUGCAUGACAUAGAAGAUCUUGUAAAAGUUGGAAAAUCGGUGAAAGGUUGCUCUUAUUAUGCUGCCCGUUCUAUGUCAGAUGAUGCACAGUUGGUAUUUUGUCCAUAUAACUACAUAAUUAAUCCAGUCAUUCGGGGAGCAAUGGAUGUAGAUAUUAAAGGAGCCAUCGUGAUAUUUGAUGAAGCUCACAAUAUAGAGGACAUUAGUCGUGAUGCUGGUAGUGUGGAUAUUGAAGAGGAUGUUUUGGACAAACUACAGAUGGAGCUCCAGCAACUCUGUCCUUCAAAUACUGCAGUUUACCAGCCCCUAUAUGAAUUGACACUGGGCCUUACUAGUUGGAUGGAACAGAAGAAAACUAAACUAGAAAAACGUGACUUUCAGCACUAUGUGUCAUGUUGGACAGGUGAUAAGGCUUUACAAGAGCUUGAAGAAGCAAAUAUUUCAAAGCAGUGCUUCCCUAUCUUGAUAGAAUGUGCUACUAAGGCAAUCAAAAUUGCUACAGACUUGGAAACGGAAGCACCACGUUUAAGUGGCAUGUCAGUGAUAACAUUGGAAGGCUUAUUCUCAUCACUAUCUUAUUUCUUCUCAAAAAAUGGAUCUCACAUGUUGGAUUACCAGCUUGCCCUUCAGCGAAGUGUUAGAAAACAUGAUAGAAGAGCUUUUGGAAACUGGACACAUACUUUAAGUCUGUGGUGCUUGAAUCCAGAAGUUGUAUUUAGAGAUGUUGCCGAUCUUUCUUUAUCAGUCAUAUUGACUUCUGGGACACUGUCACCAAUGACAUCAUUUUCUUCUGAACUUGGAGUUAAGUUUGAAACUAGUCUUGAAGCUCCACAUGUAAUUGACGUUGAUUCACAGGUGUGGCCUGCUAUAAUCUCCACUGGUCCUGGUAAUUAUCCUUUGAAUGCAAGUUACAAAACAGCAGAUGGAUAUGCGUUCCAGGAUGCAGUUGGAAGAUCUUUAGAGGAAAUCUUCAAGAUUGUUUCAGGUGGAUGUCUUGUGUUCUUUCCAAGUUAUAAAUUGAUGGAAAAACUAUGCAACAGAUGGUCUGAAACAGGUCAAUGGUCUCGACUCAAUGCAGAGAAGUCCCUUUUUGUUGAACCGAAGGGGGGAAGCCAAGAUGAUUUUGAACUUGCAUUGAAGGGUUAUUAUGACGCAAUUCAUCAUGACAAAAGACCUGCUUCUGGAAGGAAAAGAAGGAUUAAGAAAACUGAUCUAAAUCACUUCCAUGCAGUUGACUCCCUACAGGAUUCUAAGAAAGGAGGAGCAGCUUUACUUGGUGUUUGUCGGGGAAAGGUUUCUGAAGGAAUUGAUUUCUCCGAUGAUAAUGCUAGACUAGUUAUUAUUGUUGGUAUCCCGUUUCCAAACAUAAAUGAUAUUCAAGUUUCACUAAAGAAGAAGUAUAAUGACACAUUCAAAUCAUCCAAACAACUCUUAGGCGGAAAUGAGUGGUACUGCCACCAAGCGUUCCGAGCUUUAAAUCAAGCAGCAGGGCGCUGUAUACGGCAUAGACUUGAUUAUGGAGCAAUCAUCCUAUUGGAUGAACGCUUUUGUGAAGAAAGGAAUAAAGCAUUAAUUUCAAAGUGGUUAAGAAGACCCUUGAAAGUGUACGACAGUUUUGAUUUGUCACUGGAAGGACUAAAGUUGUUCUUUAAGAAUGCCCAGGAGCGGUAUUGCAGGAAUACAGUGCAUGCCACACAGAAUUUGGACUUAAAUGGUGAUGGAGUCCAAAACAAGGAUGAAAAUAUGAGGUUCACAAGAAAGAAAAGUCAGAAACUGAACAAGUCUAGCUGUGGAGGUGAGAAAGAAACCUCAGUUAUUGAGGAUAACAUUGCCAUUCCCAUACCAAACUCUUGCAGUCUUGCUGAAAGUCAGCCAUCAGGUCAAAGGAGUAGUAACACAUAUAAUUUCAAAGACCAUAUCAACAUACAAUGCUGUAAUCUGACAGAAAGGUUCACUGGGGCAUUGUCUGUGACAAUUACACAUGAAGAAACCUCCAUAGUCAAGGAAAGCCCGUGUUUAGAUAUUGGCAAUGAUGCUGCCAGCUCCGAUUACUCUAAGGAUGACAAUUCUGAUUCCACCAUAAUUGAGGCUUCUGCUCAAUUUGCAAUGGAUCGCUUGUCAAGUUUUCCAGUGUCUUCAACUACUGGAAGUAAAACAUCAAUAACAGUCACUCCUGAAAAGAAUGUAACUGAAAAAAAUGUUCCAGAAACAGAAUCAUCUUUGAAUUUGAGUGUUAAUUCUCAUAGUCAAAAAAGGAAAAAGCCCAUGGUCGUACCAUUUAUAAACCACAUUGAAGAAACUCAUGGAACUGAAUGUGGUCUUGGGAGAAUUUUGAACUCACAAUCUUCUCAGUUACCAACGAGCAAUUUACCUGGUUCAUGUUCAUCACCUGCCCCUGUACUAAGCAAAAGGUUACAGCUGUUUUGUUCACUCUGCAAAAACCCAUUGGGACUACAUGAGAACCAGCUAUAUCUUACAUGCUCUUUAAUUUCAUCAUCAAAAGUUCACUUGAGAUUCCUUUUGAAAAAGAGACUGGAAACUUACACCGCUGAUACAGCAAAGAGUGUACCAGUUAUUGUUACAGAAUCUUCAUUUGUUGAUCAACGUAUUUGCAAUAGAAUAUCUAAAAAUACACCGGAUCAGGGUAUAUGGUGUCCAGAAGAUGGGUGUGUUUUCAGCACAAUUUUUUGUCCCUUUUGCAGUAAUUCCAAAAAUUUGCUCGGUGUUCAGGUCAUGGCAACCAGUUCAUCAAAUGUUCAGUUACUCGACAAGAUAUUGUUUUUCUCUGAUUCUUUGGAAGUGAAAAACCACGAGGAAACAGGAAAAAUUGCUUCAAAGGAAGUGGGUUUUUCCCCAAUUCUCGACUCUGGUAUGGAUGGAGUUGCUGCCUUAAAUUCCUUUGAGAAAUAUUCUUAUCUUCCCCAGCCUGGGAAGUCAGAAGGCUGGAAGUCUAGAAAAUCAAAGUCAAGACUAAGAGGCUUGCCUUAUGCAGAAAUUUGAACCUAGUAAGAUUGGAAUUACUGCGCAGUUUUGGCAAUAAUUGAGAAUUUUGGGAUUUAUUUCCACCACUUUUCCCUGCCUUCGAGAUCUGUCAGUAAGGCUCACUGCACGCAAUACAUGGAUAACCAGGUAUCAACUUUAUGUUUCAAGAGGACCUCGAAGUUACCCCUAAGAUAACAGAAUGACCUGUACUGAAAUGGAGUGUCCAUAUACCUAUUGUAAAUAGUGAUGUUUUGUACAUUUUUCUGGAAGAUAAUUCAUGUAGUUACUAAAUGUCUUGACUCCUACGGUUAAGUUUGCCUGUACAACAUUUCCAAUAGUUUUGACCGCCCUAACUCAUGAGACUCCUUCGAGUGGUAUUAUAUAAUUAUUUAAUUUAUUUUGGUGGGUAGUUAAAUGGAUUCGUUUGUCUGUAAAGCAUUUAAGCUCGAUAUACAUUUGAUAAAAAGUUCAAGUUUCCAAACUUUGGUGUUGAAAA